GAGACUCAAACGCUGAUCGCGGCUCCCGGUUUAACGGUUCUUAAGUGUGUCAGAGUGAGAGAGAGCUGAUUCGGGAGACACUUUUCCAACGUGGAAAAGUAGUAAUUUAAGUGUAAAGACGGUAGGAAAUAUUAAAGUUGAGAAAGAACUGGCACUGUUUGACUAAUUUCAUAAGGGAAAAAAUACCAGUAGAAACAAGUUCUGAGCAAAUGUCGCGACAACAAACAAACAACCCUCAUGAAGGGUAUUUUGGAUUAUAUAACCAAGGAUCCACUUGCUACUUGAACACAUUACUUCAGACUCUGUACAUGACUCCUGAAGUGAAGAACGCGAUUAUUAGAUAUGUCGAAGAGACAGAUGAACCCAUCAAUAAGAAUGCUAGCAUUUGCUGCCAACUUAAAGAACUAUUUGCAAACUUAGAAAAUGGUAGCGCACGUACAUAUGGAAUUACAAGGAACCUGGGCUUGAGCAAGAAAGUAUUCGAACAACAGGAUGUAGAAGAAUAUUUCCGACUGCUGUUGAAUAAAAUUGAUGGAGAAAGUAGGGGAUCUUGUAAAGUAUUGCAGAUCUACCGGAAUAAAAUGAUUAAUUCCCUGAAGUGUUUGGAAUGCAAGACUGAAUCCCAAGAAGAAUGUAUUUUUUUGGACAUUCCCUUGUCCCUUUCUUCUCCUGAUCAUUUAACAGGGAGGUAUUUCAACAGUGUGAAUGAAUCACUUGAAGAAUUUUUGAAGGUUGUAACUCUGAGCAGAGACAAUUCAUGUUAUUGCAAAACAUGUGAGAAGAAGACAGAGACUGAGACAAGAUACUACUUUGAAAGUCUCCCGCAGGUAUUGGCUCUGCAGCUAAAAAGAUUUGAGUUUGACUAUUUUCAAAUGCGUUUCAAAAAGCUGCACGCCUCUAUAAAGAUUCCACAGAAGUUAAAGUUUCAGAAGAAGGUUAAAGAUCAUGAUAGAACAGAGUGGUGUUUCCUCUCUAACGAAACCAUGGAUGCAACAAUGACAAGUGUAACAGAGCAGGAACCACAGUCAUCACAAGCAGGCAGAAAUGAUGAAACUGAUGAAAGAGAGAAGCUACUUAAAGAUAAGGGCCAGGAGACCCUUCAAAAACAGGAAGAAGAGCAGCGAUGGCCUAAAGAUGAAGAGGCAGCGCAGUUGGGGAUGGAGGUGGAAGGAUCUUGGCGUCAAAUGGAAGAAGAUGAUCUCCUGCGAAUGCAGAAGAAGAAUCAUCGAGAAGAGGAGAAACAGAAAUGCAAAGAUGUAGAACGAGAUAAAGAGCUGCAGAAACAAGAGUCCAUACAACAACAGCAACAAGAACCGUUGAGAUGUUUACAGCAACCGCAGCCUCAACAACAGCUAGCGCAAAUGAAGGUCUAUGCUACAUAUGAGCUGUUUGCAAUCUGUGAUCAUACUGGAGUAUAUAACAGUGGCCAUUAUGUUGCAUACAUUAAACCAAUUUCUUCCCAUAAAUGGUAUUGUUUUAAUGAUGCACUUGUCUGUGAGCAGACAGACAUCAUUUCUGAAGAAUCCUGUGAUGCUAGCAGCGCUUCAGACAUACCAUCUAUCAGAUCGUCCACAGCAUACAUGCUAAUGUACAGGAAGGAGGAGGUAAACAGUAUUCAAGGUGAGAAUGCAGAUGCAGAUGAGCAAUGGAAUAAACAAAAGAGAAUGAGAAAAUCUGGUGGAAUUGGAAAUUCCAAUCUACCUUCUAAGCAAGAUGCAGAAGAUUCUUCAGAAAGGAUUGAUGCAGAAAUGAAAGAGGAAACUGGUACAAUGGAAAACAUUGAACAAACAAGUGAACUGAAAGACAAGAGAACACAGGCAGAGGAAAUGGACUGGAAAGAAGGUUGGAAGGCAGUUGCAGAUGAGCAAUGGAAUGAACAAACGAAAAUGAGAAAAUCCAGUGAAAUUGGAAGUGGAGCAAUUAAUCAUGACAUUGGACAAGACAAUCCACCUUCUAAGCAAAACGUAGAAUAUUAUUCUGAUAGGGUGGGUGCAGUAAGGAAAGAGACAAAUGCAACAAUGGAAAACAUUGAAAAAACAUGUGACCUGAAUGAAAACGGAAAAGAGGCAGAAGAAACCGAUUGGAAAGAAGGAGAGACCACAGAUCAAAAAAAUCAAUCAAGUGAACCAAUCAGAAGAAGAGAUUUCAGUGAAAAUGAAAAUGGAGUGAACAAUCAAGAUCUUGGACAAAACAAUCCACCUUUUAACGAAAAUAUAGAAGAUCCACCAAAAGAUUUUGCAACAGUAAUGAAAGGCGAUGAUGGACAGUGGGCUGGUGGCACAACUGAAUGGAAGGGCACGCCAGAAACAACUGGAAAAGAUGGAGUGCAAGUUGUAAAAGAAAAGGAUGCUGGAACUGUUGAAAUGUUGGCAACUAAGAAAACACAAAGAUUCCAGUACUAGACAGAAAGGAAAGUAGAUAAGAGCGUUUUGAAUAACUAAGGAACAGUGAGGUGGAAACAAUGGAAUAAAAUAAUAGUUAAGAUGAAAGUGAAACUGGCAUUUUACUCAAAUAGCAGUCGAGAAGAAAAUAAAUCAAACCUGGGUGAAUCUGUGUUAAAUCAUUAAAAAUUAACAGAUGAGUUAAUCGACAUCAAUGCAGAUGCAAAACAUAUUAAAGGGAUACAUGGAACGGAACAGAAACAUAGGUGAAAGUAAAAAAUAGAUGAAAGUACAGUUCACGAACAAAAACAGAAGAGGUAAAAUAACACACAAGAAAAGUCGAUGAAUUUUACAAAUCAAAGCAAUGGCCUACAAGUUGCCAACAUGUCACCUAAUGCCAACAUUGUGAGGAGCUAAUAAAUAAGGAAAGAAAUGAAUACCUUUCAGAGAGUGAAAUGAAUUAAAUUAUAUGUGAAAACAAAAGCCAAGUGCAUCACUUAAACAAUUUUUUAACAGGCUUAAAGGAAGACAAAAUAUCCAGAGCAAACAUUUAUGAAAGUAAUGCUAAAAUGGAAGAAUGAUUCAGAGCAACUAAGACAGAAGAUGUUAGGUUAGUUAGUUUAAAAAAAAGUACUGCUGGCAGCUUUUCUUGUUUGUUUAGCAUGUGUUCAGAAUGAAAGAUCUAAAAAAUAAUAAGCAAGUGAAAUUUAGUAUUUUUGUUUUUUGGGAACAGUGGACAAAAGGGAAAACCAGCCUGAACAAUCAUUACAUUAAAAAUAUAAAAGUAGUGUUUGAGUUGACUUAAGAUUAAUUAUGUCAAUCACUGUUUAUUUCUUUCUGGAUUUACACAAUAAUUCAGGAAUGAGCCAUCAGCAACAGAUUUGAGUGUAUCAUCUUUUAGUUUAAAUGUUUAAAUCAUCAAUAAUUGCCUUGAAUUGUUCUGCUUUGUCCAUUCUGCAGAUAAUCUUUUGUAAAAAUUGGAUUGUGAAGCGGAAUAUACAAAUUGCGUAGAGGAUUGCCAAUGUAAUUUGAAAGCAAUUAUUUCGUAAAAUAAGUCACCAAUGUCAUCUACAACGAGAAUGAUGCAAUAAUGUGAUCACACUUUUCUUC